UCUUCCAAAAUAAAUAACUACUGGAAUACAAUUCUGAGCAUGCUCCGGACUAGGAUUUAAAGCGCCUUCCGAUACUGCCAGGACUGCAUUUCCCAGAAAGUAGCUGGACUUGGAGGCUGGGGCUAUUUUUGAAUUUCCCCCGAGGGAGAGAGAGAGAGAGAGAGAGAAAUUGUCCAUACAGCUGGAGCUGCCGGUCCACUCCUUUUCUUUAAACUCUGGACAAAAAAGACUGGGUGUGAAGACAAACACUGAAAAGAUGGUUGGAAAGAAACUUAACUUAUGGAAUUGCCACAAGGUGAUGCUUGCCUCAUCUUUGGGCAUCAUUGUAUUGCUGUCUCUCAUGAACACCUGUUUCGCCCAUGCCCAACACUACCAAACUUCAUCUUGGGAAAAGAAGCGUGUGGAACCUGACUUUUUAUCUGAAGUGACUCGUUCUGUAAGGAAGACACUGGAGAAUUUGGUUGGUAAAGAGAACUUUCUGAUGUUGAAUGAGAAUAUGUCUGCCAUGCUUUGGAUAGUUUCCUCUGGAAUCUCUUCAGCCUUCUGUGUUGUGGCUCGAAUUACAGGGCAGUUUCUUACAUCCUUUGGAUGGGCUGGAGAUGGAUUAACACAGUUUCUGAAGCUGAGCCCUGAGCAGGUUCAGGCGUUGCUGCUCUGGAGCCUGGCUGCCCUGAUUAGCUAUUGGGUGCUCUGGCUGCUGUUCAGCCUGUUGUUCAUUAUCUUAAGCCGCAUCAUGUGGGGCCUCAAGCUGGUUCUCUUUGGAGGCUGCUUUGCAUUUAUUGUGUUUACUGUGCCUGACCAUUCAGUACAGAUUUUACUUCUAUUGGCCUUGCUAACUUUCUAUGUUUUGCUGGGUUGGUUGAGUGGAUCCUAUCGCUCUGAUGCACGGCUGGAGGCUAAAGUGCACAACUUGGAGCGCCUAGUGGAGGAACUGCAACAGCGGCAGAAGCGGUCUCCCAGAUACCUGGAUGAAGAAUAAAUUUCAGGCGGGGGGCUUUCCACAUUUACCCAUCUUGUCCAAGAAGCAACUACAUUUCUCUCUUUCUUUAUCACCUAUUUUACUUCUUUUUCAGUCUGUACAUAUUCCUGGAUGGUAUCAUUUCGCCCACCUCUAUUUAGGACAGAAGUCCUCCCUAAAAAAAUGAUUGCACCUGACAUACGAUAGCUUCUCAGUUGGUAGUAACAUUUAGAAAAGCUCUUUCCCUACUAUUGUUUUGUUGUUUUCAUCCCCCUUUUUAGGCCCCGUUUUUCCCACUCUGUUUUUCGUGGCAGCUGUUGGCUUCUUUAAAGACAACGGACCUGAUAAUGAAAAAUGCUUAUAACUUAAAAGAAAA